AUGUCGGUGUUCUCCGAGUACAAGGACUGCAUUGAGGAGGGCGAUUUGGUGCUGGUUUGGAUUUCAAGAGAUAACAUAAAGCCGAUCAGAGUGGAUUCGAACGAGAUCUUCAACACUAGAUAUGGUUCGUUCCCCCAUAAGAUGAUGAUUGGGCAGCGGUACGGGUCUCAGAUUGCGAUUAGAACGAAGGGAGCGAACAAGUUUGCGUUUAUCCAUGUUUUACAGCCAACACCUGAACUCUGGACGCUGUCUCUGCCGCAUAGGACGCAGAUCGUGUACACGCCAGACUCGUCGUACAUCAUGGAAAGGCUGAAUUGCAACCCGAGGACGAGGGCGGUCGAAGCAGGCACCGGAUCUGGGUCUUUUUCCCACGCUUUUGCGAGGAGUGUGGGCCAUCUGUACAGCUACGAGUUCCACGGACCGAGGUAUGAGGAAGCGCUGAAGGAGUUCAGAGAACAUGGGCUCGUUGAUGCAGACAAGAACGUCACCAUAACGCAUAGAGAUGUCUGCAGGGACGGUUUCCGCAUACGGAGGGAGGACGUGACGUCGCACCAGUUUGGCGAGGACGAAGGCGAGGUCGCCAUUGGGGCAAAUGUUGUAUUUCUGGAUCUGCCGGCUCCCUGGGACGCUAUUCCGCACCUGGAAGAAGUGAUAUGUAGCGACGAGAAGGUCGGGCUGUGCUGUUUUUCGCCGUGUAUAGAACAGGUUGACAAGACCAUCGAGGCGCUGAACAAGCAUGGUUGGAGCGACCUGCAGAUGGUCGAGAUCCAGGCCAAGCAGUUUGAGAGCCGCCGGCAGAUGGUGCGGACUGUCGAUGAUGCGAUCGAGAGGCUAAGGGACGUCAAGAGGCGUAAAAGCGAAGGGCUGGAGAGGCGCAAGAGGAUGUGUGAGAGUCUGGUCAGCGACCAGCCAGAAGCAGAUGAAACGGAAGAGAAAAGACCUGUUACGGAGAAGACAAAGUUCAAUCCUUUUGGGAAGGGAGCCCGCGUGAAGGAGGGGGACGCUAACUACAAAUGGAAGGAGGUCACCAAGGUCGAACCGGAGAUCAAGUCCCACACCUCCUACUUGACCUUUGCUUUUAAGGUAGCCAAUAAAUCUCGAGAUGAGGAAGCCGUCCAAAAGAUAUUGGAAUCUACCGAAAGCAAAUAG